GUAGUACUAAAAAAUCAAAGAGCACCAGGCAAGAACACUCGGUUUUUUAGGAGUCACCCUUAACGUAGUACCCACUUGGUACCACCUACAACUGACGUUCACCACUAACAGAUCACAAAGACAAGGACGCAGUACUGAUGCACCGAAAUUCUCACGUAUGUUGUAGUACUUAAGGUCGUACUUAGUCCCGGUACGACGUACGAUAGAUGUUGCCUCUCAUCACUAGCAAAUUACGGAUAACGACGACAAUUUUCCGGGACGUAUGCACCAGGAUUUUCUCGUAUUUUUAAGGUGGUUCUUACUUGGUACAACCUGCAGUACGACUUGUAUCCAAUGUCGCCUCCCACAACUAGCACAUCACAAACUACCAGGGAGCUUGCAUCGACGAUUUUCCAGGGCGCUUGCAGCAGGAUUCUCUUGCAUUUAAAGUGGUUCCUACUUGGUACAACCUGCAGUACGACUUGUGUCCGAUAUUGCUUCCCACCACUAGCAGACCACAGAUAUCAAUGGAGCAUGCAUCGACAACUUUCCUGGACCUAUGCACCAGGAUUCUCGCGUCCUUAAGGUGGUUCCUACUU